AAGGGGCUGGUGUAACGGCGUCGGAAGUGCGCAGUGCUGCGCUUUUGAACCGCGAGAGAGAGGUUUGCGUUGGCAGGCAGGCUCUCGGUCGACAGAGAAAGAGCUCACCCUCGCCAUCUCUGCCCGUCCCGACACCAGGUCCGAUUCCAACAGCUUUUCUGUAGGAUUCAUCCAACACGCUGCGAACCGUAGCAACGUCUGUGCUGCUGCGCCUUCCCUUUGGUUUCUGUCUGGCUCUACUUGUACGGAGUUUGGUGUUUCGUCAUGAAGGGGGGUUGGCGAUUCACCUCGGAUGUGUGGAGGUGUCGAAGCGUGCGGGGGGAUUAAUAUGUGAAUGACAAUUACGGCCGUUCAGGGUGUUGGGAGGUGGAGGGUGGAGGGGGAGGCUGAGUGGUUGUGGCAGUGUGUAGAAUGCAUAAGUGAAAGGGGGACAAAUUUUUAUUUUAGGGCAUGAGAUUGUCAAGACGAGUUUGAACAGGCGUGGAUGGUUCUUAGGGUUUCGCGAGGAGAGCAAGGUGGCGAUUGUUGCGAUUUUCUGCAUUUUUGCUCCCUUUUUUGUUGCAAUUUUGGACUCUGCCGAUUUUUAAUUGAGAGGCACGGAACACUAUCGUUGCGUUUACUGCGAGGGGCGCUGAGAGGAUGGAAGAGGGAAGGUGGAGGAAGAUGAUUUGUUCAUUUUUUCUGGAUGAGAUUGGAGCCGUGGUCAAUUCUUGAGCAGUGGAGUGCAAGAAGAAUGUUAUGGAGGGGACUGUUUAACUCCAUCAGUGAAAAGAAAGCAUUUUACCCGGGAUUGAUAAUUGGGAGAGACGAGGGAGAGAAAAGGCUUUGAAUGUGCUCCGACAGUGGGUAAUUCACAGGAGUAGACUUAAUGGCGAAGGAAUCGGAAGCGGACCCCCAGGGAGUAUGAGGAUGGCCCGUGGCUCUGGUGUCGAGCGUGAAAGGGAGCCGAGGAAGUUAGGGAAUUAUACUGCCGACCAUUUGAUUGUCGAAAGGGAUGUAUUGGACGGGGACCCGAGAAGAGUAGGUAACCUUGCAAUGGCAGACAGAGAGAGGGAGGUGAAUAAUACUCCAGUGUUGAUGCGUCUAGGUGGAAAUCGAGAAGAGUUUGACCCGGCGGCAGAAGAGUUACUGGAACUGGUAACGCAGUACAAGUCCGCAUUAUUAGAGUUGACAUUCAACUCCAAGCCCAUCAUCACUAAUUUGACUAUCAUAGCCGGGGAGAAUGCUCACGCCGCUCACGGCAUCACCAAGACCAUCUGUGACCACAUUAUCACGGUUCCAGAGGAUCAGAAGCUUCCAUCUUUGUAUCUCCUUGACAGCAUUGUAAAAAAUAUUGGAGGCGAGUAUGUGAAAUAUUUUGCUGCACGACUUCCUGAGGUUUUUUGUAAAGCAUACAAACAAGUGGAUCCCAGUCUUUACACAGCAAUGCAACAUCUAUUUUGGACCUGGCGGGGUGUUUUCCCACAAGCUCCUCUUAGAACAAUCGAGACAGAACUGCAGUUGAACCUGAAGCCUGUUGCGACUGCAAGUCGUACUCAGGCCCCAAGAGCCAUGGACCCUGCUGUGCGUCCUGGACAUGGCAUACAUGUGAAUCCGAAGUACCUGGAGCAACGUCAACUAAUGCAGCAAAGACCAAGCAGGGUUGAUGGUACUCCUGCGGAGAUCAACGGAGGUGCCAAAUUAAGACAAGAUAGAUCUACGCUACGGGAAAAUCCCAAGACAUGGUCGGAAACACAAAGAGCAAUUAUUGGGCAUUUCAAUCGAGAACAUCUUGCUGAACCAGUUUACAACAAAGAGCCUGCAUUAAAUUACCCAGAUUAUGAGCUUCGGAGACGGGGUAUUGCAAGAUCCGAUAUUAUUAAAUCAAAACAAUCGGAUAGAUUUGAUCAAGGAGAGAGCGGUUCAUGGUUUCGUGACGGAGACGUAGAAAAGGGCAAUGUUGUUCCCGAUGAGCGGUCACAACGACAUCCUCGUCGAAACGGCUAUCGGGAUGAUCCAAGGCAGCCGUUGGGAGCAAGGCCUUUAAUUCCAGAUGCACAGAGCUACGAUCGCUCUGUUGGUCCAGGAAGAGGAGGUACAUUUACUGCAUCGCAGUCUGUGGAUCUUGAGAGCAGAGGUAGAGGCGAAGUGCGGAAUCGUAGGAUGGAUCCUCGAAUUCCCGUUGGUGCGGAUGGAAGGGGUCGUAGAAUAGGGCUGGGGUCUGAUGUCGAGGAAGGGCGGGGCUACAAGAUGGAAAACCGAAACCUUACUCUGGAGGCUGCUGGCAGAGGCAGUCGAAUGGACACUCGUAACAUGGGUUUAGACGGACGUGGUCUAGGACCAAAUGUCCGUUUUUCAGGGCCGAACAACCGUGCUUUACGAUCUGAAACCGUUGGGCUAGGAGCAGAUAGUCGAGGCUUGAGGUUAGAUCGGGGCCUGGGUAGCGAGAUCGUAGGGAGGGGAAACUGGCAAAAUGAAGAAGAAGAGGAAUUUCAAUGGGAAGAUAUGCAUCCACAGGUACAGGAGCCAGAUCGAAAGGCCGGCGACAGUAAAGCGGAUGAAUGGUUAAGUGUAGACAGGGACAUGAUAAGGGCAGGAAAUUCGAACAGGCCAGGGAUUGAACCCGUGGGAGGUUUGGACGACUGGCGGAGAGUUGGAAGCGGUUCUCAAUCCGAACAGUUCUCUGGUCCAGCAGCAAUUCGGGGAACUCUCCGCAGAGAGUCUGAGGAGCGCAGUCGACUCGCGAUGUCCCAGUCUAGUCAUGGGUCUCGUUUGAAGGUGGAGCCGGACAUGGAUGUGAUGAAUUCUGGUCAGACAAGAUUACCUCCAGUGCAGGUGACGCUUCCGAAUUUCAGCAUGGCACUAAGUACGUCAAACGUGCAACCACGACCAGGGACUCCUCCAAUCCUUUCCCCAGGUGGAAGAGACAGCGUUCAAGGUGGACGAGGAGCAUAUGGGUUGAGGCAAAACUACGGGUCGAAUCUAGGGCAGGGUCCGGGUUAUAACAGCUCGUCUGGUGUUCCGUUUGGUCAAGGCCAGAAUGAUGGGCAGGCGAACGGAGUACAUUCCUCGCAGGCAGUUCCAUGUUCAGUAGGUUUACCGCAAGUGUCUGCAGGUGGAAUGUUGCAAUUGCCUCUGUUUGGUCCGAGUCAGCAGGCAGGUAAUUCGAGCGUGCAGGUUGCGGUGAUAUCUCAGCAGAGCGGUCUUGUGAGUUCAGAGGGCACGCAGAACCAGUACCCGCAACAAAGCGGGAGUGGAGUGGUGACAAUGCAAGCGCAGUUGAAUCAGUUCCAGCAGGCAACACAAGGAGGGUCAAGUUUGGGUGGUAAUCAGGGUGGUGUUCUCCCCCUGAACACCGCAGCGAUUUCUGAGCUGCUGAAACUAGUACAGCAGUUGCCAGCUUCGCAGAACCCGAUGCAGCAACAGCAGCAAGCGCUUCCUUCAUCGCAAACCCAGUCGCAGAUUGUAACGACGGGUCAGGUGUUGCAGUCGGUUUCAGGCGCACCUCCUCUACCGAACGGUUCGCCGCCUAGUUUUUUGUACAACUCGGUAGCACAACAGGGAGGGCAGUACACGACAGCACAGGGUCAGGUGCUGGCGCCUCCAAUGCUGUACCCCAGCCAGGCGGGAGGUGUUCCGAACCAGCCUCCUCUUCCUCCUGGUCCGCCACCAGCGUCAGCUCUGACGGGCAAUUCCGGGGGUCAGGGGUCUGGGGGAGCGGGAGUGAACCAGUUCGACAACCUGUUCAAGUCGCUGCUAGCUCAAGGCCUGAUAUCUGCUCCCGGUGCGACGGCUGCGACGAGUGUCCAAGCUGCGGUGGUGGAUGUGCGAGGAGGGAUGAACGCGGCGAGCACGAGUUCGUCGUUCUUCAACCCAAAUGUAGGCAGCGUGCAGGCGAGCAGUGUGCAGGCGUUUGCGCUUUCGAGUGGUUUGGGGGGCAGCGUGGGUCCCGGCGCGGACAGCUCAUCUCGGUACGCGGGUGAUGCAGCAGCAGGGAGCCAGGGUGUGGCAGUGAAGGAUGAUCCAAUCGGGACGGAGUUCAAGCCGGAAGUGUUGAGGGAGAGGCACGAGGUGGUAAUAGACGCGCUGUACAAUGAUUUUCCUCGGCAAUGCAAGACGUGCGGGCUUCGAUUUUUGGAGCAAGAGGCUCACAGCAAGCACAUGGAUUGGCAUGUAUCGAGGAACAGGCGGCAGAAGUCGCAGAAGAAGGUGUCACGGAAGUGGUUCGUAAGCGAGAAGGAGUGGCUGAGCGGGACGGUGGCAUCGAGUGCGGAAGCGGCGCCUAGUUUUUUCGCUGCAGAGGUGGGUGCAGGUGCAGCGAAAGCGGACGAGGGCGAGAGUCUGGCGGUUCCAGCAGAUUACAACCAGAGCGUGUGCGCGUUGUGUGGAGAGCCAUUCGAUGAUUUUUACAGCGACGAGAGGGAUGAGUGGAUGUACAAGGGUGCGGUGUAUAUGAACGUUCCUGCGGGCGGUUCUAUAGAGGGGAUCGACAGUGUAAAUUUGGGGCCCAUUGUUCACGCGAAGUGCCAGACGGAGUCUGCAGCGACGGCAGAUCUAACGGAGGACAGCGAGGAGGUUCAACCGGAGUUGAUGGCAGCAGAUAGUGUUCGCAUGGAGGUUGAUGUGGGAGGGGGAGAUGAUACAGCCAUGCCGUUACUAGACAAUUUUGAAGCUUUGGAAAGCAAGGACGAGAACAUUGAAAUGGAGAACAGGAAGAAGAGAGUCCGGUAUUGACAUUUCGGGUGUUCCAGUGUAAACAGAGGCGUGUACGAGUGUCAGAGAUGUAGUAGGGGACAGUUGACAUGAGGAUGAUAAACGAUGUGAAAUUGACAGAUUCCUUGAUUGCUUGCUGAGGCAAUAGUUUAGAGAUGGAAGGAAGCAUUUGAUGUGGAUGAAGGAGUAAGAAAGGCGGCGUUAGAAAAACGUGAUGUUUCAUCUUUACAGUUGUGGUGUCCAAGGCAGUGUUGUCGUGAUAUGUGGGUAUGUUGUGAAUGGAUGAUGUGAAAUGGUAAUCGUUGUUGAGGGCAGUGAGGUGGUUCCCUGGUACGCUGUUGUGAGUGGGAAGCUGUGCUGGUGUUGGAAGUUAGAGGGCGCUUUUGCAGUACAGGUAAUGGUCAGGUAGGGAGGAAUUCGUCUCCAAACAGAUUGCUUUGGGUUAGGCUGGUUUUUAUGAUGGUUUGGGUUUGGAAAAGGUAGUAUGGUAGCUAAUAUUUAAUUGCAGUCCUGUUGUGAACCCACAUGGUUUGGAGCUCCAGUCCGAAAGGUUCCUUCCGAGUGAAGGGGGAAUUACUGGCUGCAAUGAUUACAUUUCACCGCCCUAAAGAGAUACACUGGUCACGUGUAGCCUCUGACCAGUCGGUUCUGUGUUAA